UGAGCAGGGCGGGUCCGUGCCGCUCUUGAUGCUCAUUUGCAAUGCAUAUUGAAGGCGGGACGUCCCGCCGGCUCAUUUCAGCCCAGUUUCAUCGAAGUCCUUCAUUCUCACCGGGGACAAUGAGUUCAGGACUGAAGCUUUAGACCACUUUACUGUGGUGACCCGUCCAAAAUGAACCGAAACCGCAUCACGCUUCAGGAACCUGAUGUCAAAGAGUAUCUGGUGAAGGGUGACAGGUUCACAAAAUGGAAAGAAGACUCGAAAAAAACCACACCGGUCACCAUGAAGAUGGAUCCGAAAGGAUUUUACCUGUUCUGGAUCAAUCAGAGCAAGGAAACUGAGUUUUUGGAUAUUGCCACCAUCAGGGACACACGAGCGGGAAAAUAUGCCAAGCUCCCUAAACAUCCAAAGGUUCGUAACGUCUUCAACAUGGAUUUCCCUGACAGCCCUCAUCUGGCCAAAUCGCUGACCAUCGUGACCGGACCAGACACCGUCAACCUCACUUAUCACAACUUCUUCGCUGCUAAAGAAGUGGCUCAGACGUGGGCAGAUGACAUCCUGGCUAUAGCAUAUAACACUCUGAGAGCAAACGCCUGCAGACAGUUCUUCCUGGAGAAAGUGUACGUCCGCCUUUCAUUGCAAACCAACAAAGAUGGGAAAAUCCCUGUUAAAAAUAUCUUUAAGAUGUUUCCAGCAGACAAGAAAAGAGUGGAAGCAGCUCUGACCGCAGCAAAUCUCCCCAAAGGAAAGUUCGACACCAUUAAACCUGAUGUGUUCACUGAAGCGGCCUUCAAGACCUUCAUUCUGAAUCUGUGUCCCAGACCUGAGAUCAAUGAAAUCUUCACAUCCUUCACGAAAGGAAAGGGCUUCAUGACGAAGGAGAUGUUGGCUAAGUUUCUGAACGAGAAACAGCGAGAUUCACGCCUCAACGCGGAGCUGUUUCCACCUGUCAGACCCGAACAGGUGAAGAAUCUCAUAGAGAAAUACGAGCCCAGCUCGUCCAACGCCAGCCGCGGUCAGAUUUCUCCAGAAGGUUUGAUGUUUUAUCUGAUGGGGUCUGAAACAUCGGUGGUGAAAUUGGACAAACUGGCCCAGAGUCACGAUAUGACCCAACCCAUCCCACAUUACUUCGUCAAGUCCUCCCACAACACCUAUCUCACCGCCGGGCAGCUGACGGGCGUCUCGUCUCCGGAGAUGUACCGCCAGUGUCUCCUCGCUGGGUGCCGCUGUCUGGAGCUCGACUGCUGGAAGGGCAAACCUCCCGAUGAAGAGCCAAUCAUCACCCACGGCUUCACCAUGACAACCGAGAUCCUCUUCAAGGAUGUGAUUGAAGCCAUCGCUGAGAGCGCCUUUAAAACAUCCAAGUAUCCUGUGGUCCUCUCCUUUGAGAACCACGUCGAUUCAGUCAAGCAGCAGGAGAAGAUGGCCAACUACUGCAGGACGAUCUUUGGAGACGCUCUGCUCGUUGACGUUCUGGAAAAAUAUCCUCUGAAGCCGGGUCACCCGGUGCCGAGUCCGUACGAGCUGAUGGGUAAAAUCCUGAUCAAGAAUAAGAAAAGCAGCGCACCUGCCAGCAAACCAGAACAGGUCAAGAAAGCAUCUGGUCAAGAACAAGCAAACGCAUCUGCGGACGACUCUGAGUCCAACCAACCCGCCGAUCCUAACCAACCCGCUCCAGCUAACCCAGAGAGCAGCGACCCGCCGCAUGCAACCGAUGACCGUGAAGAACAUGAUGACCACGAUGAACAGGACGAGGAGAAGAUGAAGAACUCUGAUGAGGGAACCGCUGGACAGGAAGUGACAGCGUAUGAAGAGAUGUCAGCUCUGGUCAACUACGUACAGCCCAACAAAUUCAUCUCUUUUGAGAACGCAGCCAAAAAAAACAAGAGUUUUGUCAUAUCUUCCUUCGUGGAAACCAAAGGAGAGAGUCUGAUCGCUAAGAGCGCUGUGGACUGGGUGGAAUAUAAUAAGAGGCAGAUGAGUCGUAUCUAUCCUAAAGGAACCCGUGUGGACUCUUCAAACUACAGUCCUCAGCCGUUCUGGAGCGCCGGCUGUCAGUUUGUGGCGCUCAACUACCAGACUAUGGACUUCCCCAUGCAGCUGAACAUGGCUCUGUUUGAGUUUAACGGCAGGACGGGUUACCUCCUCAAACACGACGUGGUCCGCCGCAGCGACAAGAAGUUCGAUCCCUUCACCGACAGGAUUGACACCAUCAUCGCCAGCACUCUCACCAUUAAGAUUUACUCCGGUCAGUUCCUGUCGGAAAAGCACGUGAAGACAGGAGUGGAGGUCGAGCUCAUCGGUUUGCCCAAAGACCCCAAACGCAAAUACCGCACCAAAUGGAGCACGACGCCCAACGCCAUCAACCCCGAGUGGAACGAGGAGCCGUUCGUCUUCGAGAAGAUCUUGCUGCCGGAGAUGGCUUACCUCAGACUCGUGGUUCAGGAGGAGGGCGGAAAGUUCCUGGGUCACCGAAUCAUCCCUCUGGACGCUAUGCAGACAGGUUUCCAGCACAUCGGUCUGCGCACCGAGAGCAACAUGCCGCUCACGCUGCCGUCUGUGUUCGUGCACAUCGAGGUGAAGGACUACAUCCCCGCUGCAUUCGCUGAUUUCUCAGAUGCCCUUUUCAAUCCAGUGAAGACAUCAAAGCCGCCGAAGACUGAGAGUUCAACAUACGUGUGUGAAUAUGAGUUACCUGUCGCUGACGGAGCCCAGACGGGGGUCACACCUGCAGAAACGAAGGCUGCAGAAGAAGCUCCAGCAGAGGGCGACGCUGCACCUCCAGCCAAACAGACUCCAGCUCCAGAACCAUCCAAACCAGAGGAAAAACCAGAACCAGCCAAACCAGAACCUGAGCCCAAACCAGAAGAAAAACCAGAACCAGCCAAACCAGAACCUGAGCCCAAACCAGAAGAAAAACCAGAACCUGAGCCCAAACCAGAGGAAAACACUGAACCAAAACCAGAAGAAAAUCUAGAACCUGCUGCAGCUGUGGAUGCUGUGGUCACGGAGACCCCGUCUGAUCCAUCAGAAUUUCGCCUGAUUAACAUUUGUUAUUGGUUGUAUACAUGUUCACUGGGGUUAUUUUCAGAUCCCACCACUGUGACCUGUGAAGAACUGCAGCAGCACAAGAACUUCCUGAAAGUCGCCAAGAAACAGGACAAAGAGCUGAAAGACACGGAGAAGAAGUUUCAGAAGAAACGAGAAGAACUGAUUCAGAAAUACAGCGACCAGUUCAAAGCUUUGAAGAAGAAGAGCACAGGCAAGAAGUCUGGAGAUGAUCCCGGUGACCAGGUGAAUGAACUCAAGCAGAAGCUGAAGUCGGAGCUCAGGGUUCUGCUGGUGGAGCAACACGAUCAAAUCAAGAAGAAGAAAGAACAGAACAACACUGAGCGUUUGACCAAACUCCUGGAAAUGGCCACAGAGAAGCACUGCAGUGAGGUCAAGGCACUCAACAGUGAGUCCAAGAAGAAAGACAAAAUGAAGAAAUCCAAAAGUACGGAGCAGCUUGACAAUGAUAGCACUCAGUCGGCAGAUAAGAGCAGCGCUGAUGCUUCACCGCAGGAACAGAGUCUGAAGAAGAAACAGGCGGCUACACUGGCCAGCAUCAGAGAACUGAUCAGUCAGCUGAAUAAAGACACCGUGGCCGAACACGCAAAGAAGAUGUGGUCUCUGCCCGGGGACCUGUCCGAAGCCGUCAACUCCUGCAUCCAGCCACAUUUCCCAGAGCAUGUGGAGAAAGCCGGGGAAAACCGCUCCGAGAACCCUGGACAGUCCAACCAUGUGUUCGUAGGAUGAGUGAAAAACAGCAGUUCGACAUUAAUAUUUACCGUUUUAAUGUAAUCUUAAUUUAUUUGACACUUGUUUAUAUUAUAGUAUACACUGUGUUCUUUUCUUUAGGUAGCUAUUUUAAUUACCCCAACCAAAAAAUGUAUUUACGAUUAGACGAGUACUCGAUUAAUCGGCAGAAUAAUCGACCAAGUAUUCGAUUACCAAAAUAAUCGUUAGCGACAGCCCUGGAAAAUCAGUGUAAACAAUGAAAAAUCACAUGAAAACUGAUAAGAUCACAUCAGGGGCAUAUUUCACUUCAAAAUAAAAAGGAAAAAAAUAAGAAAUACAUUUUGCGUUAAGAAAUGUAUGGAUGU